AUGUUUCAAACCGUCAGCACACGCGACUUCGCCAGCAAGCGGCGGUCGGUUAAGUUAACUGCUGCCGGUGACACUGACGGCAACGGCGAAAGUCGCCGUUCAGCCCGGCGAGCGUCCGCCAUUCGCGCCGGCUCUUCAGGGGAAGGACGGCGAGGAGGUAACGGUGGAAAAGCAUCCGCGACCGACGCGGCGGCGACAGCGGGGAGUAGCCGAAGCCGGCGCAAAUGGACGCAGUCGAGCGGCAAUCGCGCGGCGCCAUCGACGGCGGAAGAUGCGGUGCAGGCGGAACUGGCGGCGACGCCGGGGCUGCUGGAGCCGAUGCGCGUCGAGCUGAUACCUGAGGAGGGGAAGGUGGACAGCUACCGCAUAAAGGCGGGCAUGAAAUCCCGGCACCCCCCAGGCGUGAUCUACGGCCUCCUGCGCGACUUCAAGCGCGGCCCCGCCAUUUUCCGCCACAUGGACAAGUGCUCCUCCGUGCCGCAGCCCGACGGGAGCCUGCUCGUCGUGCAGAACGUCAAGUGGCGGUUCCAGCUGUUCUCGGGGAAAUUCGACCUCGCGCUCUACUGUCAUUGUGACGACGCAACACGCACGAUCACGUACCGACUGGCAUCUCCUGGAUUCAUGAAAGAUUUUGUCGGCACAUCAACCAUUCGCAGCCUCUCUUCCCUCCCUCACACCCCACCCUCCUCCUCCUCCUCCCUGCCUCUCACCGUUCCCGGCACACGCACUAUCAGCCAUCCCCAGCCUCUGCUACAGCCAGAUCUACAGCCCCAGGCACCUCAGCCUAAGCCCUUGCACCCGGCGGUACAGAUAAAGCCGCUACAGCCGCGCCUCCCGCUACAGCAGCGGCUGCUACAGCUGCAGCAGGCGAUUCCCCUCGGCCGCUUCCCCGCUCAGCUGCUGGCGUUCGGCCGAGUGGCUGUGGGGGAGCCUCGGAUCGAAGGCGAGGGGCUAGGAGGGGGGAUUCUGGGUGGGUGGCCGCGGAUGGGUGAUGGAGCUGCUUCUGCUGUGCCCGUGGCAACAGCAGCAGGAGCAGUAGGAGCAUCAGCAGGAGCAGGAGCAGGAGGAGCGGUAGGGGGCAUGGUAGGAGGAGUUAAGAUUGGCGGAGGCGUGCUGUGGAACAGUGGCAUGUCGGCAGGUGCUGCUUCAGAGCUGGUGAAAUGUGAACCGUCAGAUUGCGGGUCGGUGAUUGAGAUCGUCCAGAGGGUCGAACCAACUGCGUUGCCGCUUGGCCCUUUGACCCAGUACAUAUUGGGUUACAUCAUUACAAGCCAAAUGCGAGGGCUGUUCCAUGACCUAU